ACUCCAUUUAAAAUAACAUUAGAAAUUUAAGUAAGCCUUUUUUACUGUUUGUUCAACCGAUUUUGACUUCUAUUGCGUUAGUAGUAUGAUUAAUGGCGGCUGCAGUAAAUACUUGGUAUUGUAACCACUAUUUUGCUUUCAAUUCCGUUCUUUUGUCUACGGAAUAGAAGUCAAAAUCGCUUGAACAAACAGUAAAAAAGGUUUACUUAAAUUUCUAAUGUUAUUUUUAAUGGAUUAUAGCAUCAAAAGAGUUAUCCGGGCAUGCGUGAGAGUGUAUUCUAAAUUUGAAUUUUGGAGAAAUGCUAAGAAACUGGUUAAACCUUGCUUGGGACUAAUUAGAUGAAAUUUGGAAUAGCUACCAUUUUAAGUAGCUUAGGUAUCAUCGAAAAAAUACCCUACUGUCACUCUUAGGCCGGCAGCACACAUCCGGUUUCCGGAUACGGAUUCCUGAUCAGGAAUUAAGAUUCGGGAUUCCGUGUCACUAGCGCACACAUUCGGUUUUUUUCAUUCUGAAUUUACAUGGCCAGUUUUAUUCCGUUCUGAGUACCAGAACGCACGGAGAAAAUUUUAAACCGAAUGUCAGGUUUUUUUCCGUCCGGAAAAAGUAAGAACGUGUGCGCUCUUGUGAACAUUUUGUAUGAAAAAAGAGCAUUCCGGUUUCCGGAUCAGGAUUCCUGAUCAGGAAACCGGAUCAGGAAACCGGAUGUGUGCUGCCGGCCUUAAACGGAACGCGCCCUAAGUCUGUUCGGUAGUGUCCUAACAACUCCUUAUAGUUAAAAUAGUUACAGAUUAACAAUAGACUCAAUUUAUUCCAUAACGAAAAGCUGGUGUAGUACUGGUGCUCAGUAGGUGUUUUCAGAUCUUCAUGAGGUGUAACAGCGACUUUAAAUACUACUCUAAUUUGUUGCAAAAGUGCCGUAUCAUAGUGCCGAAUCUCCUGAGUGCACGGAAUAUUCACGGUUGUGCGAACUACAUAACGGCGAAAAUCCUGCGGGUGCGCAGUUGUCACAAGCCGCCAACAGCAGUGCCAACAUAAUAACGCUAAAGCGUUCCAGCGACAAACGCAGUGUGUUUGUGUCGCAUUACAAUCACGCAUGACUGGUGGCGCCACCCCGCCACUAGAGGCCGUACGCUGUUAUCGCUUGUGAGUGCAUUUUUAAUUUACUGAGUGUUACUAACGAUGUCAACAAAAGAUUGCGCUGGCUGCCUGAAUGGCUUUAACUGCAAAGAAGGAUUACAAUGUUCUACUUGCCACCAAUGGUAUGAUUUGCUGUGUGCUAAUAUCAACAUGAACGUAUUUAAAACUAUGAAUGUGAAACGAAAAUCAACUUGGAAAUGUCCAAUUUGCCAUAGUCAAUUGCCUAAAAGUGACAACACGAACACACCUGUCAGAACCGCUAGACUUGCGAGCCCUACGUCAGAGCGGUCUGCCUGUUUACCACCGCGCUCGCCAUCGACUAACGUCACUAUUCGCAAGCAUGCUAGUAAACAAAUUGCUGAUCCAACUUCAGAUGAAACCUGUCUUCAGUUUUCAGAACAUAUGUUGAGGGACAUCAUUAAAGAUGAAAUUCAGAUUGCCCUCACGGACAUAGUUUCCACUCAGUUCAAACAAAUGCAUGAGUUGAUAAACGAUUUCAAAAAAUCCCUCUCCUUCUUCAAUGAAAAAUAUGAAGAAAUGAAAACUAUGCUGGAGGAGAGAUCUAUGAUUAUAAAAAAGUUGGAAAAGGACAACAGUGGUUUGAGGGACGAUAUUCAUCAAGUAAAUCAGAGACUUAAUUUAUUAGAACAAAAUUCCAGAACCGCUAAUGUUGAACUACAAUGUGUGCCCGAAAAUAAGUCCGAAAACUUAAUAACAACAGUAUUGCAGCUGGGGAAAGUUAUAAACUGUGAUAUCACUGAUCCGGAUAUAUUACACUGCACGAGGUUAGCUAAGAAAGAUACACAAAGUUCCAGACCCCGUUCCAUUCUUGUCAAGUUCAGUAGCCCACGCCUGCGUGACAGUUUUCUUGCUGCUUCUAUAAGAUACAACAAAAACAAUAACCAAGAUAAACUUAACACGAGUCACCUCGGCAUCGCUAGUGAUAAACCGCAACCAAUAUAUGUCUCCGAACACCUGUCGGCAGAAAACAAGGCAAUCCAUGCAGCAGCUCGGGUCCGUGCGAAGGAGCUCGGGUUCAAGUUUGUUUGGGUUCGGAACGGCCGAAUUUUCGUGAAAAAGGAUGAAUUAUCGCAAAGAAUCCACAUUACCUGCCGGGAUAAGUUAAAAUCCUUAGAAUAAUUUUAUAUAAUUUUAUGUAUAUUACAAUUGGAAAGUUCUUAUGGCUUUACCUACUUUCAUUCAACCGUCCACUGCAAGUGUACUAUCAAAACGUUCGAGGCUUGAAAACCAAAACUACAAAGGACAAUGGGCACAAAUAUAUGGGACCUGGUAUACCCCACCAAUAGGAAUGUCAUAUAUAUCAUUGGAUAGGCCUUUUUAUGUAGAACAAUAUUUACUAUGGCAGCUUUGCUGAAAUGUUUGUCCGUUCUGAGAUAUAGAUCAAAAACUGUGCAAAAGUUAGAACUAAGUAAUCUAUUGAUACCUCAAGUUUUUAAAGGAAAAUCUAAGUACUAAUAACUUUAAGUCUUGUAAGUACUACUGUGCCCGUUAGGAUCCAUAAUUGUUACUAUUAUGUAGCAUUUCAACCUUUUAUUGUACCAACUGGAUGUUGGGCGUAGUGAGAAACCGCACCAAUAGGAAAGUCAUACAUAUCAUUGGAUAGGUCUUUUUAACUGGAACAACAUUUACUAUGACAGCUUUGUUCUAUUGUUUGUCCGUUCUGAGAUAUAGAUAACAAACAAUCUUAAAACUGAUGCUAAUCAAUACUGUAAUCUGAUUUUCUUUCAUACAAGACUUACACUUAGUAGUUCUUAGAUUUUCCUUUAAAAACUUGAGUUAUCAAUAGAUUACUUAGUUCUAACUUUUGCACAGUUUUUGAUCUAUAUCUCAGAACGGACAAACAUUUCAGCAAAGCUGUCAUAGUAAAUAUUGUUCUACAUAAAAAGGCCUAUCCAAUGAUAAAUAUGACAUUGCUAU